CUCCGGCGGCGAUCUCUGCACUGCAGGAGCACGGGCGCGGCGCCCCAGCCAGCGCGCAGGGCUCGGGCCCGGCCGGGGGCGCUUCCUCGCCGCCGCCCUCUGCGCAACUCCCUGCCCACCAGCCACCAUGUCCGACCCCGCGGUCAACGCGCAGCUGGACGGGAUCAUUUCGGACUUCGAAGCCUUGAAGAGGUCCUUCGAGGUCGGGGAGGCCGAGCCACCCAACUCAACCCCGCCCCGGCGGGUCCAGACGCCCCUGCUCCGGGCCACUGUGGCCAGCUCCACCCAGAAGUUCCAGGACCUGGGUGUGAAGAACUCAGAGCCCUCCGCCCGCCAUGUAGACCCCCUGGGCCAGCGCUCGCCCAAGCCUGCCCUGCGGAGGGUGGAGCUCGCGGGGUCCAAGGUGCCUGAACCCGUGUCCCGCCGCACGGAGCUCUCCAUCGACAUCUCGUCCAAGCAGGUGGAGAGCGCGGCCACCCCUGGGCCGGCCCGGUUCGGGCUCAAGAGGGCCGAGGCGCUGGGCCACAAGACCCCAGACCCGACCCCUCGGAGGACGGAGGUCACCAUCGUCAAGCCCCCGGAGCCAGCCCACCGCAGGAUGGAGGCCCCUGCCUCCAAGACCCCCGAGGUGCCUGCCAGCCCUGCCGUCGACGCAGCCCCCAAGAGGGUGGAGAUCCAGGUGCCCAAGCCGGCCGAGGCGCCCGCCUGUCCCCUCCCACCCCAGACCCUGGAGAAUUCAGAGCCUGCCCUGACGUCCCAGCUGCAGAGCAGGCUGGAGCCCAAGCCCCCGCUGGCCGAGGCCCUGCCCAGGAGCCCCGAGGUCCCCGAGGCAGCUCCCCGCAGCGCUGGCAACAUGGCCGACUCCUCCAGGGAUGCCGCCCUCAAGCAGGCCGCGGCCACGCGGAACGAGAAGGCCCCCGUGGAGUUCGGCUACGUGGGCAUCGACUCCAUCCUGGAGCAGAUGCGGAGGAAGGCCAUGAAGCAGGGCUUCGAGUUCAACAUCAUGGUGGUGGGGCAGAGCGGCCUGGGGAAGUCCACCUUAAUCAACACCCUCUUCAAAUCCAAGAUCAGCCGGAAGUCGGUGCAGCCCCCCUCGGAGGAGCGCAUCCCCAAGACCAUCGAGAUCAAGUCCAUCACACACGAUAUCGAGGAGAAGGGCGUCCGGAUGAAGCUGACGGUAAUCGACACGCCGGGCUUUGGGGACCACAUCAAUAACGAGAACUGCUGGCAGCCGAUCAUGAAGUUCAUCAACGAACAGUACGAGAAGUACUUGCAGGAGGAGGUCAACAUCAACCGGAAGAAGCGCAUCCCGGACACGCGCGUCCACUGCUGCCUCUACUUCAUCCCUGCCACGGGCCACUCCCUCAGGCCCCUGGACAUCGAGUUCAUGAAGCGCCUAAGCAAGGUGGUCAACAUCGUCCCCGUCAUUGCCAAGGCUGACACACUGACCCUGGAGGAGAGGGUCUACUUCAAACAGCGGAUCACCGCAGACCUGCUGUCCAACGGCAUCGACGUGUACCCCCAGAAGGAGUUUGACGAGGACUCGGAGGACAGGCUGGUGAACGAGAAGUUCCGGGAGAUGAUCCCGUUUGCCGUGGUGGGCAGUGACCAGGAGUACCAAGUCAAUGGCAAGCGGAUCCUCGGGAGGAAGACCAAGUGGGGCACCAUUGAAGUCGAGAACACCACGCACUGUGAGUUUGCCUACCUGCGGGACCUGCUCAUCAGGACGCACAUGCAGAACAUCAAGGACAUCACCAGCAGCAUCCACUUCGAAGCCUACCGUGUGAAGCGCCUCAGCGAGGGCAGCAGCACCCUGGCCAACGGGCUGGAGAAGGAGCCAGACGCUGAGGAGAUGUAGACGCCCCCGGGACCCACCCGAGUCCCCCACGCCCCAGGCCCGCCCACUCACCCGUCUUAUUUCAUAUCAUUCUCUCCAUUUGUCACCCGCCCCUUUUACACACUGCCGGGUCACCCCAUGUGCUCUGCACCAGCCCGAGGUCUCCGGGCACAUGGCUGGACCUCGGUCUGGUCCUGGGCCCGGGCCAGCCUCUGGCCUUCCUGAGGGCUGGGAGGGCUGGGCGGUGGGCAGAAGGGAGGGCCCGCUGGAUCCAACCCCCGCCCAGGUCCAGCUCCCGGGGGCCAGGAGAGCCACUCUCUGCCCCCUGCACGGAGCCUGCAGAGCUGGGGGGGUCUGUGCUUGGGCCAGGUCCAGGGUGCAGGGAUGACCACUGAGCCAUACUCUGUCCCAGUGGCCACGUCCCCUGGCCCCUGUCGGAGGCUGUACCCAGGGGAGGACAGAGCCAGCAGGUGGACCUGGAGCCCCUCCUGCCCCCUACAUGUCAUGGGACGUGACUCCGCACCCCGCCUGCCCCUGCUCCCGAGGGGAGACUAGAGUUCCACAGCCCAGCUUGCCCACUGCUUAGAGGUGGCAAGUCCCCGGCUGCCCCUGCCCGCCCAUGAGCCCGGAGCAGAAAGUGCCUUAUCUCAGCGUCCCUGUGUGUCCCCUCAGGCCAGACAGGCUGCAGGCAGGAGGCCUGUGGUGUCCCCUCUCCUCCCUUUGCCUGUGGGUGCUGCAGUGCGAUCUGGUGAGGAUUAAAGGACGGAGGUACCUCCACCCUGAAUUUUGGGCAUGUCCCGCACUCUGGUGGAGGGGUGAGGGGCGAAGCGGGGGGCCACCCUGCGGGCGCAGGAGGUGCAUUUGCACCUGUGGAGUUCGGCUUGGCCCAGACGCUCCGGCUACACUCAUGCCCCUCCUCCACCUUCACCAGCUUUGCUCCUGCUCAGCCCUCACUGCCCCAGAGACCUGGGUACACGGGGGGGCCACAGAGCCUGGCUGCUGGUUGUCCUCCACGUUCCUGGGCCUCUGUACCCUAGAGUCCAUUUUAAAGUCCCCAGAGAGGGAGAGACAAGGGGUCAGAGAUACACAGAAUACACCUAGGCUGCAGAGAAAGGCUUAACCGUGACACAGCCUGGUCCCCGAGAGGGGACUGGUAGGGACCAUGCACAGCUGACCUUCUGCCUCCCAUUCCAGGAGAAGACAAACCCUCUGCCCCACAGUUUACAUGCCAACUACCGACUUGCCAAGUUUUUGCCCAAACCAAGACUUUGAAAGUGUGCAGCCCAGGGUCCAGGACGCAUGGCCCCGCCCUCCCCAGCCCCCAUGUCGCCUGGGGGGUUAGCAGAAUCCCGGGCUCCGGAAGGCUUUGCUUCCUUUCUCUGUAACCAGAUUUUGAACCGUUUUGCUGGGCUGUGUUCCGUAAUGGCCUUUAGCUCUGUGCCUCCUGAGAAAUUCGUCUCUUUUUGUAUAAAUAACAAAAGUGUUGAAAUGUAUUUCCUGAAAUAAAUGUUUCAAAUGCAAAAAAAAAAAAAAAAA